AUGCACGGAAUCUUCGCCCGUUCAGGCGUCCACUCAGCCCUCCAACACGACCAAAUCGUCAACGGCAAGCGAGUAGUUCGCGCCGAUCCCAAACUGAUCGAGGCUGAAGCCCGACGCGUCGCCAACGAAGCCGCCGAAGAGCUGCGCAAGGCCGAACAAACCGCCCGCACCCUUCCCAUCGGGCUCCCCACCUGGACUGGGCAAUUCGGUAUGGGCGGACGCCCUUCCACCGGCGGCAGCAGCGCCCGACCCGCCGGCGGACCCUCCUCCAGCAGUCUGCUGGCGAGACUGAACCCCGCCGCGGCGCCCGCCGACGCGGGCUAUUCCUCGACUCGCAUGCCCCGCGGUAAAGACUUCAUGCCCCUGAUCCGGGAUUACCUGGCUGCGCGCCGCGGGCCCACCGUCACGCAGAUGAUCGUGGACCACUUCAACCACUACUGUACUAACCAGCAGCGGGUUGCAGAGUUCCAGGAGAUGUUGAAGAAGGUUGCUACGCUGAAGCAUGGGCGGGAUGGACGGGGCCGAUGGACGCUCAAGCCUGAGUUCGCUAAAGAUAGCACUGCCCGGGAGUGA